CAGAACAUACACCUCAGCCACCGCUUUCUAAACCUGUCUAACUUCUCCUGACUGACGCCAGGCAGCAGGUUCCUUCAAACCGGUUAUGCAAUAGUGUGCGUUACCUAAACAAGUUGUUUAUUGUGGAAAACUAGAAGAAUAAUUGCUUUGUUUGAAUGGUUUGUGAUUCCUUUGUCAGAUUGUGGCAAUAUUGCGUAGAAAUGAUGGGGAGUCAUACGCGAGUUGCGGAAAAAUUGCAGGAAACGAUGUUGAAUCAUGAAAGUAUUAAAUUUCUUUGGUACUUUGAUGGCUUCACAUAGCUUUAUAGUUGAUUCAAUAUGGCUGCGCAGCAGAAACAUUAUCCGAAGGACGCCCAAGUUAUAAUAUCGAUAAUGAAAGACAUGGGCAUCACAGAAUACGAACCGAAAGUGAUCGCUCAACUUUUAGAAUUCACCUACCGUUACGUUACUGGAAUAUUAGAUGAUUCUCGUGUGUUUGCAAAUCAUGCUAAGAAGAAAACCAUUGACUUGGAAGAUGUUAGACUGGCUGUAGAGAUGACAACUGAUAGGAUAUUUACCACUCCACCUCCAAGAGAUAUUCUUUUAGAUGUGGCGAGAUCAAAAAACAAUACUCCACUUCCUUUUGUGAAACCUCACUGUGGUCUUCGUUUACCACCAGAUCGUUACUGUCUCUCAGCUUGUAACUACAGGCUUAAGAAUGAUUUGAAGAAGCCACCAAAUAAGCAGGCUGUGAACAUUGGCAGCAGUUUAAGUAAUGCUUCAAACUUUUUGAGUAAUUCUGUCACCACAAGUGUUGCUGGAUCUGGAAAUCUUAAAUUGCCUGGCAAACAAGGUCAAGGAUUAUCGAUUGUGAAACGACCCACAACUCUGGCUACUGUAUCUAGAACACAAGCCAUUACAGGCCCAAAACCUGUGAUAAAGUUUUCAUCUGCUCCAACAUCAGCUCCAUCUUCAGCACCAACUCAAAUGCAGAAAACAAUUGUGAAACCAAAGAUACAGAUCUCAUCUGCUCCAACUCCAUCAGUGUCAGCAGCAAGCCCAUCAUCCAGUCCUGCUCCCAACAUUUCGAUGCGCAUGGAUUCGGAGGACAGUCUUGGCGGUGCCAAUAAGCGGAAGAGGGAGGAUGAUGAGGAAGAUUAUGACCUUGUGGAAUAAUUUUUAUAACUUGUAAAGUAUUAAAGAACUGAGACCUAUUGAAAGAUAAGAAAUAUAUGUCUUCGUCAGAUGUCCUGUAUGAAAUACGCUUUAUUUCAGUGUGAAACUUAGUAGCAAAAUGUAUAUAGACAUGCAAUAUUUGUAUUUAAAUUUGUGUAGUUCUUUGUUUUUUAUUUGUGUUGUCAUAUGGGCACUGACUGACUAAGUUGAAAAUGUUCCAAUCAUUUGUGUAUAUAAAUAUGUAUCUACAUGCGUCAUAUUAACAUGUCAUUUGUGAUUUCUUACAGUCAAAUUAAAAUCUAGAUUUAUAGUAAAAUGGUGAUAAACAGAGAAGUAUUUUCCUGUAAGUUCAUAUUAUUAAGACCUCUUCAUUAUUAAAUUGGCUAGUAGAAAACCAUCCACUGAAAAAUGCAAAUGGAAAAUUGAUCAUGUAAUUAUAAGUGAAGUUGAAUUUUUAAUUUUGAAGUACAAAAUGCUAGUAGAUUGAAAAUAAAAAGUUGUAGAAGAUAACUCUGUUUCUUCUGAAUAAUACCUACAAAUUUUAUAAACAAUUUAAAUACAUCUUGCAAAUCUGGGAUCCAGACUCGAUCGCCAAUCAAUACAGUUUGAAAUUGUAAUGGGCAAAAUAUGCAGACUUUUCUUGGUUCGCUCCGACAUCCCUGUCUAGUGUUCAGCUCGCUAUCACUACCAUCUACUCAUUAGACCAAAAUUCACGAGCUCCUAUGAUCAUAGUAUUUAAAAGGCCACUCAACCUCAAUAAGUAAAUAAAUAAAAAUGCAAUGUUAUUGAUGGUAAUAGAUUUUCUAGUUAUUACAUUCUCACUGCUGUUUACGCAGUACAGUAAAAGCUAUCUAAUUCCACAGGGUAAAACGGCGAAGUUUCGACCCCUAAAACAU